UACUUUUUUGUUCGAAGCCAUUUUGUCAAGGAUACGAGGCGUGCGCUGAGGUUGCUUUUGUCCUUUUUAUUUGAGCUACUUUGUUAAAUAAUACUCGUAUAAAUAGGCACGGCAUUACAUCGCCGAGAUAUUUCAUCUCCACAAAGUUAUCGUCCUAAUAUCGCAUGUCCUCUAUUCAGAACCUCCAAUCUUUUGAUCCCUUUGCUGAUGCAACCAAGGGUGACGACUUACUCCCGGCAGGGACAGAAGAUAAAAUCCACAUAAGGAUACAGCAACGAAACGGACGCAAGACCCUAACCACUGUUCAAGGGAUCGCGGCCGAUUACGACAAGAAGAAGCUUGUGAAGGCCUUCAAGAAGAAAUUUGCCUGCAAUGGUACUGUGAUUGAACACCCUGAGUACGGUGAGGUCAUCCAGCUGCAGGGAGACCAGAGAAAAAACAUCUGCCAGUUCCUCAUGGAGAUCGGCAUUGUCAGGGAGGAGCAGUUGAAGGUCCACGGAUUUUAAAGUAAUGCUGUUGCUUCAAGACCAGGGCCUCAUCAGCUUUUAGACUUUUCUGUUAUGUAUUGACCAAUAAAGUUCAGCCGCAUGUCUGAUGUAAAACUCUGAGGCAAUAAAAACACAAUGUCACAUUUUUUAAAUCGCAUAACACAAUCUCGCCUCUUAUUCACACCUUAUCCUCCAUCUCUGAUCUGAUUAUAGAAACAUGUACAAUUGUUGAAAAUGUAAAUGAACUCCCAAUGUCCUGUAUGUAUGCAACUUUACCUUCAGCACACCCAAGCAUGCAGUGUUUGCCCAUUGUUGCCUGUAACAGAUGGGUAUUGGGUCUGACAGGAGUCCAGUGUUGGACUGUAACCUGGCCCAUGUUUUUCUUAACAUCACUGCCCAGUGAAACAUCUGCAUGUAAAAUGGUGCUGUCAGGAAGCGGUCUUAUCAGAUGUACAAAAUUCCACUGAGCCACUUCCUGCCAUCUAUGCAAUAUCCUAGAUUAUCAGACCUUCUGCACAGCUGUAGAGUAAUGGAUGGAUACUCUUGGUCAUGUUAUUCGUCAGUCAGAGCUUGAUGUGUUGUCUGCUUUUUCUGGAUACCCUGGUUAAACCAGAUUAUAUUGGGGAGUCUGCAGCAGAACAGAAGGGCCCUAGCUGCACUAUUAAUUUCUACAAAUCCCACACGUAGCUAGAGCCACAGGGUAAUCAGAUUCUGUGUUUGGUGUACGAACAAGCAAAGGAAAAGUGAGUGACUCAAUCGAUGCCUCCCUGAUGUCUCUUCCAUGGACAAACCUAACAAGUGCAUUGCGUUCAUAUUUGGCCAAAAAAUGUAAUCCGUUUAAACUGUAUUUAUGAUAUUAGGGAGAUCAUUGUGUUUUUUUUGCCUCAAAGAAAAUACUUAUCUAAACUAUCACUCUCCCAAGAUGGAGAACUAUGCACAGGUGAACAUCUGAAUAGGGACCAAGUUUAAUGGAUUUGGUGAUGGGAAGUUAGUGGUAGUGAUUGGCGUUUCAAGUCUUUUCAGUGAGCCUGCUUAUUUGGCUCUGUUCAUCUAAAAGAGCAUUUCAAUUGGCUCCCAAAUGGCUCUUUGUUCGGUAGCGCUUAAAACUACCUCAAACUGAAAAAAUGGCUAAUCUACAAAGUUGCAUAAUGUGUGUGGACCUGAAAAUGUCUCCUCACUGUUGCUCCUGCAGUGAGGAAUUACAAUCUUCAGAGGAUGUUUAUAUAAUUUAUCUGCAGAUAAUUGUCUGGAACUCUAAAAGCAGUAGCAACAGUAUGCCAAAUGAAUGGCUUUUUCACUAAUGUGAUUCGGUUCCCGACAUUCACCAAAAAGCCGGUCGUUUACGAACGACCCAUCACUUGUUACUUGGUAGUUGUUGAAGACAAAUCACUAGCAUACUUUGAUACUAUUGGAAUUGGUCAUAGCCUGGAACCAAACUGAAAUGUUAUGUUUGCCUUUUGUUUUAUUUCACAACAGAAUGUGAGCAGUUUAUUUUGGGUUACCAGGCUACCUUUUUUGGGGGGAUUUUUGAUGACUGACGUUCAGGAUUACAGGAUAAAAUCCCAGGGCAUUUUAUCACCUUUCUCAUUUUAAUCUCUAGUGCCUAAUCUCAAUUCCGUCAGUGAAAUCACAUUAUGAAGUUAGUUAGCUUGAUGCCAAAGACUCCGGUGAGCUAUAGCCAGGCUAUGCUGCUUGCAAUUUAUGGAGAAAGUAUGGUCAAGUGUAAUUACCGAUUGAACGGUCUAUCAAUUAUGCCCUCUUUUUCUUGUCAAACUAUAAAUGUAACAUCUUGGCAACGGGCUGUUAGAAUGUGUCAUUUUGUUAACACAAACUACAAAGCAAUAUAAUGGGUUUUAUUAUAGUCUAAUUAUGGAUCUCAGAGAUUUGUUGCUAAAUGUUUUUUUUGUUGUAAAAAUGCAGUAAGUGCAGUUUGUUUUAUGAAUAUUUGAUAUGGAAAACCAUGCCCUAUAUAUGUAACAAAUCCUUCCUUGCAUUUGAUAUGGAAAACCAUGCCCUAUAUAUGUAACAAAUCCUUCCUUCCUUGCAUUUGAUAUGGAAAACCAUGCCCUAUAUAUGUAACAAAUCCUUCCUUCCUUGCAUUUGAUAUGGAAAACCAUGCCCUAUAUAUGUAACAAAUCCUUCCUUCCUUGCAUUUGAUAUGGAAAACCAUGCCCUAUAUGUGUAACAAAUCCUUCCUUGCAUGACAAAAUACUCUGUAUUUCCCUUUUAUUCAUUUAAUUUAUCAUAUCAAUGACCCUGAACAGUUUUUAAUAGCAUAUUAUCUAUAUUAACCUUAAUACUAUAAUACUAUAAUACCAUCAGGUUACAAUCUAUGUUUGAGUUGCAUUAGCCCUAUUUCCUCUCAUAUCUACAAUUGACCGUGUGACUUGUUAUGAGCAUACUGUAUAUGACCCAAUGAUAAUAUCUUCUAAUGACAAAUGUAAUUGCACAAUACAUUGUUUGAAUUUGCCAUGUUUGUUUGUCAGCACAGUAGUAACCCAACACGAGUCCUAGGUCAAAGCUCUGUGCUGGAAAACCUUGAAAGUGCCUGGGUGAAAUUGUCCCUUCUGUUUCUCAUGUGAAUUUCCUUUAUUUUUCGGCUUCGAACCAGCGUAACUUCUCACUUAAAAUAUAGAUGUUGUGUUUCA